AUGGCGUCCAACUUUCAACCUACAUUCUACAACCUUUUGGGGAUGUAUCACCUUCUUCCUCUUCACGCCCCAUUGACGUUGUUCGUAUUAGACGCACCGUUCGGGAGGUUCGCUUCCAAGACGAGUAGAUUGAAUGUGAAUGGUAAUAUAGCUUGGUUCUCAAUGGAGAUCGUUGCUCCUCUUACUUUUUUGAUGACUUUGUAUCCCACUUUCCCAACAGGUAGACAACUGGUUUUAUCCAUUAUGUAUCUGAUACAUUACGCUCAUAGAGCCGUGUUGUCGCCUUUGAUACUUUCUCCAAAAAGGAGUAAACUACAUAUCAUCGUACCUCUCAUCGCUGCGGGGUACAAUGCGCUCUUUUAUCAAACCUUACCAGAAUCUACUUUGCCCUUCCGUAUCCCUUCCGACAAUGAUUGGUCUCUUCAUCGCCAGGAAAAAUUCGCUCCCGUGGACUGUCUGAAAUUGUUGAAAGAGGACAGGCGAAGAAGAGGAAGGAUUAUUGUUGACAUGUAG